UCCAAGUGACACCAUUAAAUAUUAGAUCUUUCAUUCGAGAUGAAGGUUGUGAAAAUGUUCAUUAUCCACCUGAAAUUUUAGCACCACUACCUUAUCUCGAAAAAUGUCUUUCCACUAUCAAGGGAUCAGCCGUUUAUCCGAAUGAUCCUCAAUAUUACGAUUGCAUAAGAGUUGCAAAUUGUCGAAAUCCUUAUUUUCCUGUGGUAGUAGUUUAUGUUGCUGAAAUUUUAGAUAUUCAAAAAUCAAUUCAUUGUGCAAAUUCUUUAAAUAUUUCGGUCGUUGCCAGAUCCGGUGGUCAUUCUUUUGAGGGAUAUGGAGAUGGUGGAAAGAAUGGUGCUAUGGUGAUUGACGUUCAAGGGUUUAAUCAAAUAGAUAUUAAUACUGAAACGAAAACCGUUGUUAUUGGAACUGGAAAUAGAUUAGGUCCUGUUUAUUAUAAAUUAUAUCAAGCUGGAUUCUUAAUUCCAGCAGGAAGUUGUGCUAAUGUUGGUAUUGGUGGUCAUGCCACCGGUGGUGGUUUUGGUGUCGUUGCAAGAAAGUAUGGAUUGGCUUCCGAUAAUAUUAUUAGCGCUGAAAUGGUUAUAGCAAAUGGAACUUUCAUAUCUCCUAUUAAUUCUACUCAUCAUUCAGAUCUAUUUUUUGUGCUUCGAGGAGCUGGUAAUGCCGGCUAUGGCAUAAUAACCUCUCUUACCUUCAGGAUUCAUCCUAUUCAACCAAUAGUUACCUCAAUUAAUAUCUCCUACUAUUCAGAACAAGUCGAAUUGGUGUUUAUGUCACUUUCCAAAGUAUCUAAAAAUCUUAGCGAAAAUUUAACUCCCUACCUUGCAGUAUUGGCCGAAAGUAGUGGCUAUUAUACUAUUUCAAUUACAGCUACAUAUUUGGGACCAGCAGAAGAGGCUCGAAUUGCUGUCAAAGAAUUAAUCGAAUUAUCAAAUCCUGCAUAUAUAAAAUUCGAAGAAAUGACUUGGUGGAGAUCUGUCAUGGAAACAUUUACACAGCAGCAAACUAUACACCCAGUAUUUCCUCCUCAACCUUUCAAAUCUACAUCUUAUAAUAUUCCGCUACCAGGUCUUUCUCGAGAAGGCAUUAGAUUUUUAGUAAAUUUUAUUAGUAAUGUUGAAUGCACUACAGUAGCGUUAUUUGAUGUAUAUGCGGGUGGUGGUGUUAUAAAUAGAAUUUCAGGAAAUAACUCUGCCUAUAUUCACAGAAACCUUCUUUUUGUAUUACAAUUAGAAAUGAAGUUAAGUGAUCGUGAUAAAGAAACUCAAAUUAAAUGUGUAGAGAAACAUUUACAAUUUAGACAAGAAUUUCAAGCAAAAUAUACUUCAUAUUUUAGUUAUCAAGAUUAUAUAGAUAAAGACUUGCCAGAUUGGGCAACAAGAUAUUAUGGAGUUCAUUUACCUAGAUUAAUUGAAACUAAAAAGAAAUAUGAUCCUAAUAACUUAUUUAAUUGGGAACAAAGUAUUCCUACAAAAUUACCAUAA